AUUUCCCGUCAUGUAUCGCCACGUCGACUGAAUUAGACUAAAGAAAUGUAUAGAGGUGUAUUCUUCUUUCUAUUUGCUAGUUAUUUGUUAUCAAUAAUUAACGCUAAAACUGCUGAUGGCGAAGGUGGUUAUCCAGGCUUUCAAUAUGAAUUCAAAGUUGAAGUUGGAGCUGGUAAAAAAGAAUGUUUCUAUCAAUAUGUAAAGGAGCAAGCCCAAAUGCAUUUAUCAUUUGAAGUGUUGAGAGGAGCAGACAGAAACGUCGAUGUCACUCUAAAGAAGGAUAACAGAGUUAUCGAAAGUCAUAUGUGGACUUUUGAGGGUAGUUCUGACAUUGACAUCACUGAGAGAGGUGUUUAUAGUUUAUGUAUCGACAAUUCCUUCGCAAGAUUCUCAAGCAAAGUAGUAUACAUCUAUUUUGUUGCUUAUGUUACUGAUGAAUGGCAAAAAUAUACGGAAGAGUUAAAAAGUUUUCAAAUAUCAGUUAAUAAUUUUACGAGAAGUGCACGAAGUGUACAAGAGGCUUUACAAAAAACCAAAGCUGAAUUAUUUGAAAAAAGAAAAAUUGACAUGUACCAUAUGUAUUUGAUGAUUGAUACAUCUUGGUCAAUUAACUUUUGGUCUACAAUAUUUUUAAUUGUACUAAUAUGUACAUCCGCUCUACAAGUUUUCUUCGUGAGGCGACUAUUUAAAAUUAAUAAGCUACCAAGCGUACCCCGACCUUAG